GUGAAUGACUUUCUAUGGGGAACUGGCUCGUAUAAACGUUACAGACGAGGAAACCACGAAAACACCCAUUCAGAGAGUCCAUUCGCGGGAAUCGAGUCUCUGACCGAACUACCAGUGUUCAGCGACUUAACCGCUCGGCCGCUGGUGGGCCUAGAGGAAAUGCUGUAAUGGCCCAAAACAAUCCAGUAUCCUAUUUCAGGAUAUAUAUGGACUAGUGAAGAACCAAGAUGAAAUUCCUUAUCGUUUUGUGCUUUUUAGCUGUGGCUUAUGCAGCAAGCGUUGAAGAAAAAGAAGAAGCUGUAGCGAGAAGCAUGGAAGAAGCCGCUCCAGAACAGGCUAGAGACUGUGUUGGAACAAAGGAGAUUUGUACCGAAGGCGAUGACUGCAGCUGUUGUGGAGAAUGGGACAUGUGCGACUGCAACAAUCCCAAUGAACCGAACGUCUGCAGAUGCAAGUACGCCAUGAUCUACACCAGAGUGAAGAAAAUGGCGAUGUGCUAGGACGGAGCUGUGAAGUUUAUGUACACCCUUGCUGAAUCAAUAAAUUGACCUCCUGGCAUUUAAAAUAUUUCA